AUGUCGUGGAGCUGUCAGCGAUGCAGGCAGCCGCUGCUGCUCCAUCCCAGCGUCGGCUCGGAGCUCGACCUGAACCAGUCCGCCUACGACCUUGUGCAGGACUCGUUCAUCGCCUCUCGCCAACCCAACCGGCCCACACCAACGUCCAGAACCGUCUCGACGCCCGACAAGAACCAAGGCACAUCCGCCCAAGAAGCAUCCAAGGCGGACGGCGUGGAAGCGUCGACUGCCGAUGCCAACUCUCUGUCUGCACGACUCGCGGCGUCGUCGGCGCUGUUUGAUCUGCUCUCGCACCCGCCUGCGACCGAAGCGAGCGGGAAUGACAAAGGCUCGGCGACGAUGAUCGACCAUCCGCUGUGCAAGGCGUGCACCGACACGCUGCUCGACAUUAUGGAUGCGCAGAUGUCGCAGCUGCGCACCCAGCGCGACUCGUACCUCGCCUUCGAGUCCGAACUGCGCCGAUACAAGCUUCUGCCCUCCAAGCCUGCGCGGCGAUCAUCCACCGCCUCCUCGGCCGAAGCUGGGCCGAGCAGUGCCGACGACAUGGCUGCGCUCGAAUCCGACGCGCGCAAGGAAUGCCUGGCGCUGCAGCGGGAGAUUGCGCAGCUGGCCGAGGACGAAGCAACCGCACUGGCCGAAUUGGACGAGGCGGAAGCAGCGCGUCUCGCAGUCGAGGCGGAACUCGAGGCGAUGCGCGUAGAAGAACGCGCGCUCGAGCAGGAGGAGGAGCGGUUCUGGUCGCAGUACUCUUCGCACACGCUCACGCUGUCCAAGCUCGAGGACGAAAAGAGCUCGUUGGGCAUGUCGAUCGCGCACGAUCGGCAGCUGCUCGCGCGGCUGCGCGCAUCCAACGUGUACACGGACGCCUUCUGCAUCGGCCACUCUGGCGGGAUCGCGACGAUCAACGGGCUUCGAUUGGGCAGGUUGCCCGGCCAAGCGGUGGAGUGGAACGAGAUCAAUGCGGCAUGGGGUCAGACGGCACUGCUGCUCGAUGUGAUCGCACGCAAGCUCGGCGUCGGAUUCCGCGGGUACCGCCUCGUGCCCAAGGGCUCCUUCAGUGUCGUAUACAGAUACGAGGACACGCAUUCACAUCGGUACUCUGCCUCAUCCACAACCGCCGCAUCCAGCAUUCUACCUGCUGCGCCUGGCGGGAUGGAUCCGAACGUCGGGGAGGUGGAUGAGGAGGGUGAGAAGGCGGUGUACGAGCUGUACGGUUCGUCCGACUGGCAGAUCGGACGGCUGCUGCAGAGUCGACGCUUCGACCAUGCACAGACGGGCUUCCUGGCGUGUCUCAAGCAGGUCGUCGAGUUUGCGGGCAGCCACGAUGCGGCGUUCCAGACCCCGCACGCCAUCAACAAGGACAAGAUCGGCGAGGCGAGUAUCAGGCUCCAGUUCGGUAGCGACGAGACGUGGACGCGCGCGCUGAGGCAUGUGCUCGUAACGUGCAACCGCGUGCUCAUGUGGACGCUCGAGCGCGAAAAACGCCAACAGCCGCAGGGGGGUGGGGUUAGCAUCAAUGGCAAGCAGGUAGGUAGCGUGGGCGCAUAG